AUGAACAUCUUCCGGUUACUAGCGGACUUGUCCCACCUUUUCUCAAUCUUCAUUCUCCUUCAUAAAAUGAGAGUCUCAAACUCAUGUGCAGGCAUAUCAUUCAAGUCGCAGGCUCUAUACUUCCUGGUCUACUUGACUCGCUAUCUCGCAGACCUAUUCUGGACCUUCACCGACAGCGCAUGGAACACCAUCUUCAAGAUCAUCUUUCUUUGCUCUUCCGCAUAUACCCUGUAUGUCAUGCUGAAUGACUACAAACCCACCCAUGAUCCGAACCUCGACACCUUUCGCGUCUCCUACCUGACGGGCGGAUCCGCUCUCCUCGCCAUUCUUUUUCCCUACAGGUACAGCGUCUCAGAGAUCCUGUGGGCCUUCUCGAUUUGGCUGGAGAGUGUGGCCAUUCUACCCCAGCUGUUCAUGUUGCAAAGAACUGGCGAGGCGGAGACCAUUACGACACAUUAUUUGUUCGCCCUGGGCAUAUACCGAGCAUUGUACAUCCCCAAUUGGAUCUACAGGUGGCUCGCCGAGGGAUAUGUCGACCCCAUAGCCGUGAUUGCCGGGAUCAUCCAGACAGUCUUGUACUCCGACUUCUUCUGGGUCUACUACACCAAAGUUCUCCAGGGAAAGAGCUUCAAGCUUCCUGUCUGA